AUGUGUCCCCACAGCGCAGUCUUAUCAAGACCCAAUAAUAUGGAUGACCACAAUGCCACUUACGACAAGCAUUCCAUGGCAGUCAUGUCCAGAACUUCUGAUGAAAGUCAGCACUUUUAUUUUCUCAAUGCCGAUGCGAGAAAGAACCUGCUGAAGUAUGAAUACAAAGGAGCAGACAAUUCGCUCCUCUACCAAUACAUCCUGUCUCCCUUUGCGCUCUUUUGCGUGGAGGAGUACGUGCCAGAAUCCAUUGCUCCCAAUAGCAUUACAUUAUUUGGACUGAUGUGGAUGAUUACCUCCUACGUGGCCUGCUGGUGGUUCGUCCCCAAUUUGCAGACGACGGAAGAUGUCCCCUCAUGGAUCUUUCUAUGGAACGCAAUAGCCUUGCUGGCGUAUCAAACACUGGACAACAUGGACGGAAAGCAAGCACGAAAAACAGGAUCGUCAAGUCCACUGGGACUUUUGUUUGAUCAUGGAUGUGACGCUAUUAACAGUAUAUUUGGUUCCGCCAAUUGGAUCAUUGCCAUGGGCCUCUCGCUAGAGCAAGACUGCUUUGCUGCGGCGGUGCUCAUUUUCGUCCCCUUUGUCCUUUUCUACGUGGCAACUUGGGAAGAGUACCAUGUCGGUGAAUUGGUUCUACCAAUUUUCAACGGUCCCAGUGAAGGUCUUAUUAUGGGUGCCGCUCUUCACUUGACUACCUUUUUCAAGGGGACCGCCUUUUGGCAUUCAUCUGGAUUCUACAACUCGAUCAAAGCAUUCCUGCCAUUCGCCAUUCCUUUCGAUCAACCUUUGAGGAAUAUGGAUUUCAUUGUCAUUUUCACCCUGAUGGGUGGUUUGCAAGAAAUUAUGUUGAAAACUACCCAAGUGAACAAAAACCAUCCGGGAUCUUUGUCCGGUCUCGUUCCCUUUGCCAUAUUUGCUGCCAGUUUCAUCUUGAUGGGAAUCAAGGACCUCAAUGUAUGGACAUCCAUUCCAAGAACUGGUCUACAUUUGGCAAUGGUGCUCUUUGUGGAAAUGACCACCGCACUCAUGUUGGCACACAUGACCAACCAAAAGUUUGAAUACCUCAGAUGGCAACAGUUGCCACUUGUGGUACUGACAAUUGCUAUGCUGGCCUUUGACAUUGAUGCCGAUUUCAUCAAGUACUGGAUCAGCGCUUACGCCUGGAGCAUUGGUUCCUACGUAGUCAUGAAGUCGAUCUUGGUCGUUCAAGAAUGCUGUGCUGUAUUGAAUAUUUGGUGCUUUGACAUUGUCAGUGACCGCAGUCCGACGGUUUCCGAUAGUGUCAAGGCAAAUUAA